AUGAACCACAAACAGGACAUGUACCAGUGGUAUUUACAGCCUAACAGAGAGGCAGAAGGUGGGGAACGAUUCUCCCGCAAGAGGCAAGUGAUCUUGUUUAUUCUGUGCGUUUGCGUGUGUCAGAGCGGGGCCGAAACCCUCCGCUAUUCUCUGGCGGAGGAAAUGGAGAGGGACUCCUUUGUCGCCAAUAUUGCAAACGACCUGGGGAUUGCUCCGAGCCAGCUCGCGGCUCGCAAGGCCCGCGUUGUGUCCGAGGGGAACGAGCAGCUUUUCCGCCUCAAUCAAAACACCGGAGUCCUGACGGCAAAGGAGUCCCUGGACCGAGAGGAGAUCUGUCCGCAGAGCGAUACCUGCACACUCUUCUUUAAGAUAUUCUUUGAAAAUCCUCUGCAGCUGAUCCGAGGAGAGGUGGAGGUUCGUGAUGUGAACGACAACUCCCCCAUGUUCCCGGAGAAACAGAUGGUUUUAGAGAUUCUGGAAACGGCAUCUCCCGGGUCCCGUUUCCCUCUGGAAAGCGCCCAGGACAAGGACGUGGGCAGCAACGGCUUGCAGAACUACAGCCUCGGGUCCAAUUCGCAUUUCUCCCUCGUUCUCGGAACAAGGAAAGGUGGAGUAAAAUACGCAGAGCUCGUCCUAGAGCGGCAGCUGGACCGUGAGGAGAAGCCGGAGCUGAAUUUGCUCCUCAUUGCCACCGACGGGGGCUCGCCACCCAGGUCAGGCACGGCUCAGGUCCGGAUCGUGGUGGUGGAUGCCAAUGACAACAUCCCAGUCUUCGGUCGGGAGGUCUACGAGGUGCGCCUGGCCGAGAACAGCCCCCCGGAGCAGCUGGUGGUCAGAGUCGCGGCCGCGGAUCCCGAUGAAGGGUCCUACGGGAAAGUGCGGUACGUCUUCACCCAGACAUCGGAGCGGUCCCGGCAGCUCUUCGAGCUGAACCCUGCCACUGGGGAGAUACGGGUCUCGGGCAACCUGGACUUCGAGGAAGCAGAAAACCACGAGAUGGUGGUGAAAGCCACCGACGGCGGGGGGUUGUCUGCGCAUUGCAAAGUGCAAGUGGAGGUCCUGGACAUGAACGACAACGCCCCGGAGAUAGCGCUCACCUCCCUCACUGCCUCCAUUCCCGAGGACGCCCCCCCCCGGACCGUGGUGGCCCUGUUCAGCGUGCGGGACCGGGACUCCGGGGACAACGGCCGGACAGAGUGCACGAUCGAUGGGGACUUGCCCUUCAGUCUCACCCCCACUUUUGAUAAUUACUAUGAACUGAGAACCAACGCAGCGCUGGACAGGGAGAGGAUGGCAGAGUAUAACAUCACCAUCACAGCCAUGGACUGGGGCAUGAAGCGGCUCAGCUCUCGGGAAAGCAUCUUCGUGCAGAUAUCGGACGUGAAUGACAAUCCCCCAGAGUUCACCCAGGACGUUUACACCAUGCUGGUAAUGGAGAACAACGGCCUCAUGCUCCGGAUUGGUAGCGUGAAUGCCACUGAUGCCGACACGGGAAAAAAUGCCCAUGUAAACUACGCGCUGGUGCAGCAGGAGGGCAAGGAGCAGCCCGAUGUGUCAGUCAACUCUGAAAACGGGGAUGUUUAUAUCCUCCGCCCGCUGGACUACGAGGAGGUGCGUGCCUUUGAGGUGGCGGUGCGCGCCACUGACGGUGGCUCGCCACCGCUCAGCACCCAGGCGGUGCUGCGCGUGAUGGUGCGGGACGAGAACGACAACACGCCCGUCGUGCUGCAUCCGCCCCCCGAGAGCA